AUGGCUAAUUCGAAUGGAGGGUUUCUACAUUCUGAUCAGCAAGUUCAGCCUCCUAACCCUGUGAUCCCUCCUUGGUUAGCUACUUCUAACAAUGGGAACAAUGUUGGCGUGAGACCUCCCUCGGUGACUUUAACAUUAUCGCCUUCCACCGUGGCUGCAGCCGCACCUCAACCGCCAAUCCCGUGGCUGCAGCAGCAGCAGCCCGAGAGAGUAGACAGCGGUCCAGGGGGACUUGUGUUAGGGAAUAUGAUGCCAUCUUGUAGCGGGAGUAGCGAGGGUGUGUUCUUGUCAGAGCUUGUGGAGUGUUGUAGAGAGUUAGAGGAAGGGCAUAGAGCUUGGGUGGAGCAUAAGAAAGAGGCCGCAUGGAGGCUAAGGCGGNCCCCUAAUUACUCAUACCCUAUUGACGAGAGCAAGUACGAUCGGAUUCUUGAGAGUUUUGCUGAGAAGCUUGUGAAAGAGAGGUCUAACGUUGUUCCUUCUGCUGCUGCUGCCGCUGCUGCCACUGUGGUGAUGGCUAAUUCGAAUGGAGGGUUUCUACAUUCUGAUCAGCAAGUUCAGCCUCCUAACCCUGUGAUCCCUCCUUGGUUAGCUACUUCUAACAAUGGGAACAAUGUUGGCGUGAGACCUCCCUCGGUGACUUUAACAUUAUCGCCUUCCACCGUGGCUGCAGCCGCACCUCAACCGCCAAUCCCGUGGCUGCAGCAGCAGCAGCCCGAGAGAGUAGACAGCGGUCCAGGGGGACUUGUGUUAGGGAAUAUGAUGCCAUCUUGUAGCGGGAGUAGCGAGGGUGUGUUCUUGUCAGAGCUUGUGGAGUGUUGUAGAGAGUUAGAGGAAGGGCAUAGAGCUUGGGUGGAGCAUAAGAAAGAGGCCGCAUGGAGGCUAAGGCGGCUGGAGCUGCAGCUAGAGUCAGAGAAGUCGUGUAGACAAAGGGAGAAGAUGGAGGAGAUUGAGGCUAAGAUGAAAGCUCUGAGGGAAGAGCAGAAGAGUGCAAUGGAGAAGAUCGAAGGAGAGUACAGAGAACAGCUCGUUGGUUUGAGGAGAGACGCUGAGGCCAAAGACCAGAAGCUGGCAGAUCAAUGGACCUCUAAACAUAUCAGACUCACCAAAUUUCUUGAACAGCACAUGGGUUGCAGAUUAGACCGCCCCUGAACUGCCUCCUAAACUCUUUGUUGUAAUGUAAUGUAAGCUUUUUUUUUUUUUGGUUUUUUUUUUUCUUUCAGACUCUUUGAUCAGACUAUUGGGUUCUGUAACUCAGCUUUCUAUUUGUUACUUAGCUUCUUCCAUUUACCUUUGUUCCUCUUUACCACUUCAGUUUGUUUAUCUAUGGCUUUGUUUUCUCAAGCU